AUGGCUAAUACUUCAGUUUCUUCAAUCUCCAAUAAUACUACUACUGAUGCAUUUAUACCUAAAAAGGUAUGUCCUAUUUGUGAUAAAGUGUUUGGUCUAAAGCAUAAUUUGACUCUUCACCUAAAGAUCCAUUCGGAAGAGAAAUCCUUUCAUUGUGCAGAAUGUGAAAUGUCAUUCGUUCGACAUAGCGAUUUAAAUAGGCAUAUGAAAAUUCAUGAUGAAAAAACACCUUUCCAAUGCAGGAAUGAUCAAGACCUAGAUGUGUUUCUGGAGUACAUAAAAUCACAACUUGUAGAAAAAUUGAGUGAUAAUAUAGCAACAUAUCGGUGUCUGAAAUGGUAUGCAGGUGUUACUGUUAAAAUGAGUCGUGAGUGUGAAAAUGGGGGAACCUGA